GGGUCUCACUGACUAUUUUGAACAGGGGAACACGUGGCAAAGAGAGAGAGAGAGAGAGAGAGAGAGAGAGAGAGGGCUGGGGGGGGCACACUCCUCCUUCAGUCCCUCCAGCCACGCACACACACUCAGAGCUGCCGUCCGCAGUGGGUUGUACAGUCAGAGCCUCCCUGGGAUCUCCAAAGAGCCCUCUGAGUCUGGGACCGGACGGUGGACCCACGCGACGCUCGACCCCGGUUCUGUUCGCUUCCGGUUCUGUUCGCUCCCGGUUCUGUUCGCUUCCGGUUCUGUUCUGCUCCCGUGUUUACCGGCGGACCGGCGAUGGAGACCAAGGUGUGGGUCUCCCUUUGUGCGCUGCUGCUGGUUCACUGUGGAGCCGCUGCUGACGAUGCCUCCUCCGCUUCCGAAAGCGCGGCCCCCCCAGAGGCCCCCUUCGCCCCGGAGGCCACCGUGACUCCAGAGGCCCCCGAGACUCCACAGGCCCCCGUGGCCCCCGAUGUUCCAGAGGCCCCCGUCGCCCCCGAGACUCCCGAUGUUCCAGAGGCCCACGUCGCCCCCGAUGUUCCAGAGGCCCCCGUGACCCCCGAGACUCCCGAUGUUCCAGAGGCCCCCGUCGCCCCCGAGACUCCCGAUGUUCCAGAGGCCCACGUCGCCCCCGAUGUUCCAGAGGCCCCCGUGACCCCCGAGACUCCCGAUGUUCCAGAGGCCCACGUCGCCCCCGAUGUUCCAGAGGCCCCCGUGGCCCCCGAGACUCCCGAUGUUCCAGAGGCCCCCGUGGCCCCCGAGACUCCCGAUGUUCCAGAGGCCCCCGUUGCCCCCGAUGUUCCAGAGGCCCCCGUGGCCCCCGAGACUCCCGAUGUUCCAGAGGCCCCCGUGGCCCCCGAGACUCCCGAUGUUCCAGAGGCCCCCGUGGCCCCCGAGACUCCCGAUGUUCCAGAGGCCCCCGUGGCCCCCGAUGUUCCAGAGGCCCCCGUGGCCCCCGAGACUCCCGAUGUUCCAGAGGCCCCCGUGGCCCCCGAGACUCCAGAGGCCCCCGAGGCCGGGUCCAGCCCGGAGCCCAUCGUUCACGAUGCUGCGUCGCCGCCACAGAGCGGCGCCGACGCAAAUACGAAUACGAGCGGCAACGCAGCGGCUGAAGGAGAAACCGCCCCCGAGGCCCCCGAGGACCCCGAGGACCCCGAGCUAAAGACAGAUACGAGCGUUGUCUCUCCGACGGAGGCUGCCGAUGAGCACAAGACAUCCCCGCCUUUAAAUCCACCUUCCCCGGCCUCUCACCCCCCCCCCCCACCACCACCACCACCACCACCACCACCCCCACCAACAUCACCUCCACCGCUAACACCGCCACCACCAGCCCCGCCCACACAACUCACACCACCGCUAUGGGGACGCCGACCACCACGGCGCCAACCGAAAGCACCCACCCGCUGCUCCCUGACCCCGUUACACCGUCGGACGAGCCCACUCUCAACACGACCCCCUCAACCCCCGCGGUCCAAACAGCUGAGCCGCCGCCGCCGCCGCCGUCCGAAACCACCGCCGCCGCCGCCCGUUCGACGUCCGGCGCCGGCUCCUCUCCGCCCGGGACCACCGAGGCCCAGCCGGGGCACACCGUGAGCCCGCGGAGCAGCCCCCCCGCCUCCUCCGCCCAGGCCGGGCCUCGCGCCGACAACCCGUCCCAGCUCAACGUCGGGGACGACCCGACGAUGGUCCACGACCCCCCCACGUUGGACCCCCUGCUGGCCGGCCUGGUGUCGGCCUUCAUCAUCACCGCGGUCAUCGUCACUCUGCUCCUCUUCCUCAAACUGCGGCGGAGAGACAACCGGCCGGAGUUCCGCCGGCUGCAGGACCUCCCCAUGGACGACAUGAUGGAGGACACGCCCUUGUCCAUGUACAGCUACUGACGGCCCUCCCCCCCCCCCCUUGAACCGUUGAACAGCCUUUUCCUUCCUUAAAACCUGUACCCGGCACGGAGGAUCCUGGGUAGGCGAGACCUGAUCCAGAUCCCCCGACAUGUGGGAAGAGACACGAUCGAAGCUGCGAUGGACAAUGAAGACGUCGCCCCCUCCCCCCCCCCCUCCCCCCUCCCUGUCAGGGUCGCUUUGAGCAAAAGAAACGUCUAUUUCGGUGCCUGUAAUUACAAAAGAAAAAGCCCCGCCGCCUCUGUUGAAUACCGCGUGCUUCAUAUUCUUCAGCCCAUCUUUUUGGGGUAGUUGGAGUAUAAUAAUAAUAUAUGUUGUUGGAAAAAAAAAAAGAAAAGAAAAAGCAGGUAAGGCAGCCUCCGUCGCUCACACCUGGACGCCCGGAUUCAGUGUUAAGAAAUAUAAUUAAGAACAAGAAUAAUUAUAGUGUAAGAAAGAGGAAAAAAAAGAAGUUGCACUUUACUUUUUUUCAGGAGUGGAAAAAAUUUGAGAGAUUUACAAAAAAAGAAAAAGUGUGUGUGUGUGUGUGUGUGUGUGUGUGUGUGUGUGUGUGUGUGUGUGUGUGUGUGUGUGUGUGUGGUGUGUGUGUGUGUGUGUGUGUGUGUGUGUGUGUGUGUGUGUGUGUGUGUGGCAGGGGAUAUUUCAAUAUUUUCCCAUUUUUGUUUUGAAGGUCCUGCUGGCUUUUGGCCUGAUUUGAUAUGUGUGUGCAGUGUGUGUGUGUGUGUGCGCGCAGUGUGUGUGCCCAGUGUGUGUGUGUGUGUGCGCGCAUUGUGUGUGCGCAGUGUGUGUGUGUUUCUUUCCUGGAGUCUUGUCCAAUGAAAGAGUGCCUUACAGUGUUGGAACAGCUCUUCAUUGCAAACUGUAUUCAUAUUCAAACCAACUAACUUCCAGCUUUCCCAGUCAUUCCCAGCGCUGCCACUAUAUCACACCUCUCUCUCUCUCUCUCUCUCUCUCUCUCUCUCCUGUGAACACUCUUGGCCUCGAGCGUGUUCACUCCCUCACUCCCUCACUCCCUCACUCCCUCACGCACUGACAGUUGCAGCCUCUCCACGCACCGUGCUGGCCGAUACUACUGAUGAUCGCACCGCGCGCAGACAGCUCGUCAUCUUCGCUGCUGCUUCGGCGUUCGAAUGGGAAAAGUUACACCGAUUUAGAAUAUAAUGUUACAGGCCGACAGGACGACCCCCGUCCAGCUAAUACUUGUGUUUACUGUUUAAUCUCUGUGCCAUGAAUGAGUACAGAUGGGUGACCGGUUGAAGUGGGGAAAGAAAGAAUCCACAUAGAAAUGUCUUGUUGAGGGUCCGAGAGAGAGCUUCCCUGGUUAGUCUCUACUGGAGGAACGGGGGAGUCACCCCACUUUGUGUCACCCGUCUGUACGGCCAGUUCUAAAUUAUACACUUGACAUUUCUGCGAUUAAGUGUUUAAAAAUAACGGUCUGUAAGUAUUCCCGAAUGCAUAACGAGGCUUUUUGCAGCUGGAUUAUGGACUGUUGGGUGUUUUAUGAUUAAAAGGUAUUUUGAAAUCA